AUGCUGCCCAACCACUACCAUGUAGUUCAGUCGGUAGCACUGCCAAUAUUUGGUCCACAAGUUCCACUUCUAUCAACAGAACUUUUGUUUCCAUUCGAAUCUUCAUUUAAUUCAUCGUGUACUCCUGCAACUCCAUCAACAUAUCUAUUUGCAUAUUCCAAUGAUUUGGAUCCAGAAAUAGUUUUAGAUUCUCUAGAUACUGUAUCUUCGAAGUUGGACUUUUUUCAAACAAAAUAUGUAACAUUUGCGAAUGUCCGUUUUGACAAGAGGGGAGGUGAAGAAAUUUCGUAUCACUCUGAUAUCAACAAUUUCACCGAUUCGGUUAAAAACCAGUUGCCAAACUCAACGAUUGGAUUUUUGAAUCAAACAACUGGAAGUGACAUUUUGAAUGUUAUUCAGAAGUUUUUGGAGAAUGAUCGGUGUGGAUCAACAAUACUCGUUCUACUUGGAAGGAAUCCUGAUGAUAGAAAUGAUGUCUCAAGAAUUAUUGAUCAGCUACAGAAACAACGAGUUUUUGUAAGAACCGUUGUGUUUGAGAGCCCUCUGGGAGGUCAAAACUCGUCAGUGAUGUACAACUUUUCAUCAGAGACAAAUGGCAUUUGUGUUUUUUCUUAUCAGAAUGAAUUUGAUGAUGCCGUUGACUUUUGUACUAAUGGAAUUCAAAAUGAGUAUCUCCUUUAUGCCUACAAUCCAUUUGUUUCUGGACAAGGCUCCCUUCAACUUCCACCUUUGCAUACUCCCAGUUACUUUUACCAAAAAAUACCUGUUGCUGUAGAAAUCACUGUACAAGAUCAUGGAGUACCUUAUGAUUUCCGGGCACUAAACCUGACCGUCACUGCCACCAAUGGAGAAGUUCUUACCAUUAUCGUUGAUCGUGCCCGAUUCGUUCAAUUUAAUGGUUACUUUGACGAAAUAUUGGGUUUGGGAAGGGAUCAGGAUUUCGAGCUGGCUUUGGACUACAACUAUUCGUCGACCAAUAUGGAAGCGUUGGAAAUCAGAAUGUCUGUGAAUCAAAUUCCAGAUAAUAAUUGUAAAAUAAAUCUCUUCAUAACCGUUUUCUUGUUAUUCUCACACUCGGAAGUUUUUUCUGCAAAACCAGGAAAGGUCACCUCCCAAUCUAAACUAACUACUGAGCUCCUCACAACCACAACUUUUGUUCCAACAACGGAAGUUUUACAAGUUAGGAGAUAUCAACAAUUAGAUUUUGUCGACGGAUUGAAGUCUUGCAAGAAUAUUUCUUCAAAUCAUGCUUGCAAGAAUCUAUGUGAGAUUUUCGAAAAAGCACAUCAGAAGUCGUCAAGUGUUCCAAACAACACUUCUUAUUGGAUCGCGGGUAGCAUUAUGGCAAUUCUCACUCUCACUUCCAUAGUUUUGUGUUUCAAAACUUGUGAAUUAAAGCAAGAUCACUCGGAAGAAAUGGAUUUGAGUGGUCUGAAUCGAAAAGAACAGCUUAAACAAAUCCUGCUUGCCCAACCGGAUCCAGAUGCCGAUCCUUCGAAGUUCAAAAAGCAGGGAGGAGUGGUUAUUGCCACGGAUUUCGAUCACGCGUUCAAGAAAAAGUGUCGAGAUAAGAAGGAUGUCGAGUUGGGAGAAGUGGAGUAUGAUGAAGCAGACAAUGAGCAAUACGAUUUCGGAGAAGAAAUCUGGAAUAAGAAACUUUCAGAUGCUUUCCGCUUGUUUUUCAUAGUGUCCAUAACACUUGCUACGGAAUAUUUGUAUACAGAGGAUUCGGAGAAGAAGAAAAUCAAAAAGAAAGUGGAGAAGAAGGACUCAUCGGAUCAGAUUAGCAUAGAUCGAACCCUGUUCAUAGUUUGGAUUGUCGCCACAGCUGCUCUAUCCAUAUUAUUCAUCAUAGUUUUUAUAAUUUGUUUUUGUGAUCGUAAGAGGUAUAAGGAAAAGAUUGGUCAUUUGGAGACAAGCAUUUCAACAAUGGAAUCUAAUCCUAUAAUAAUUCACACGGCAGCUUCUAGUGGAAUGGUUGUGAUGAAAAAUGAGAAGCCCGGAACAGCAGCUGCGAUUGUUUCAAAGCCAAAACCAGAAAGUAAAAUAGAAUCCGUUGAUGAGGAAGAGCAGAUCAAAAAGAAAACGACAAGAAAGUCAAAGAAAAAAGCAAAGAAGACUAGGAAAACAGAAUCCGUGGAGACCACACAGGAAGGAGAACAAUCUGCGAUGAAGUCAGUGGUAAUGGCAACUGGAAAAGAGAAGACGAGAACUGCGAAGACUGCAACAGGUGGGACGGGAACCAAAGAGGAGCCUAGUGAUGGAGACAACUAUCCCAUACCACAACUAUCGACGGGAACAGAUGGAUCAUGUGGGACUGCUGAGUUACAACUUGCUUCGAGAAAAGCUUUUUAA